GCAGAAAAAACCAGCACUUUACUCUCUCUUUGUUAUUUUUCAAUGGCUGCACCAAAAAGAGAGAACCAAACAGGUUCACAAUCACCACAAAAGAGAACCAAGAAGGUUCACAAUCAGCACCAAAACAAUCUUAUUAGUCACAUAGAUGGUGUUAGUUCAAAUCCUAAUCGUUCAGGGAACCUUCCUGACGAUAUUCUUGAUAGGAUUUUCUCGUUCUUGCCAAUCAAACAAGCGGUGGAGAUCGGAGUUUUGUCACCAAGGUUUAAGAAAUCUUGGCUUUUCAAUCGUAAAAUACUGUUUGACAGAGAGUUUGCUAGACAUCAUGAUCGUGAGGAGUAUAUUCACAUAGUAAACCAUGUUUUCAAUUCUCACGUGGGUUCGAGAAUUCAAAGCCUAAGUUUGUGUUUUGAUCCCACAGCUAAGGAACACAUGAUUGAGAGAUGGCUCAAAAUAUGCGCUGAAAAAGGCAUUGAAGAGCUUGAUUUAGAUUUUUUUCAAGGGAGAGAUGUUUUUAAGAUUUCACAGUUUCUUGACAUCAAAUCAUUGACAACAUUGAAACUAGUUUACUGUGAAGUUGAUCUUCCACCACAGUUGACAGGUUUGAGUUUCUUGACCACUCUCAUCCUUAAGAAAGUCGAUCUCAACACUGAAACGAUGGAAACCUUGUUUUUCCAUUGUUUACUCCUUGAGACUGUGGACCUAUGGCAGUGUUGUAAUAUUCAACAUUUGAAGGUUUGUGCUAGGAGCCUUAAGAGGUUUAAGGUCUUGAAAGUUAGACAUUGCACUGAAAUUUUGAGCAUUGAAAUCGAUGCCCCGACUCUACGCUCAAUUUAUUAUAUUGGGAAUGUUGUUAAAUUUCAAUUUGCUGAGGUCUUGCACUUGGAUGAAGUGUUGCUUAAUUUCUCUCCCUCUAGAUGUUUUGCAAAGGCCUCUCUAGUGGAAAAUUUGGUAUCUGAUCUCUCUUAUGCUAAUGUUCUGACUACAACUAGUGCAUUUCUUGAGGGCUUGACAACAAGAAUUCGGGAUGGAGCUUUUCGAGAUUUGCAAUUCAGAUUAUGGAAUUUGAAGGAAUUUCAGUUAUUCAUGGAAGGUACAAGCUAUUGCAAUCUUUUUGAUAUUGCUUCUUUUCUCAAGAAUUGCCCGAGCCUAGAGAAACUGUUUCUUGAUCUCAAUGAUUUUUCUUUUGACUGCGGGUUUUACUGGGAAUUACAUCAGAAGCAACUACUUCAGUACUUCCCUCACUUCUUCACUGGCCUCAAAUUCAUUAAAGUGAAAGGUUUCAAGUUUCAAAAGCAUGAACUAGAGUUGGUGAGGUUUCUCCUAGGGAAGGCAGUAUUCUUGGAGACUCUAGUUCUAGUCACUCCUAGAACUGGCCGUGUAAGAAUAUAUGAACCUGCAGAUGCAAUAAAUUACAAAAGACUUAUUUUCUCUUGGAGAGCGUCUCCAAAAACCAAUAUAGUUCUACUUGAUCAUUAUCAUGACAAGGGUCCUGUUCAACCAAAAGUUUCACAGUUUGGAUAGUAAUCAAGUAGGGCAAUAUACCCUUAUAUGUGCUUAAAAGAUUUAGGGACAUAAGGGAACUCAAUAGUUUCAAACCAUGUGACAAAAUUUGCAGCACUCCUUUGGAUUUGUCUAUCACAUUGAUAAUGGAAAUGGAAAGAACAAGAAUACAGGUCAAAAUUUUAUAUUAGGUUCAAAAAGUUUAAAGGUUCAGAAAGACAGAAAGGCAUUGGAUUUGUGGUUCUAUCUUCCAUUUGUUUUUGAAAUACUUUCUUAUAGAAUA